UUUGAUAAGCUUCUGCUACAAUGAGGAGAGCUUCAAACCAAUGAUGGCUAUGUCAUCAGCGUAUGCCAGGAAAUGUAGAAACGUAUGACUGCCGUCCGACCUCAGGAAAAUCUCUGCACUAGGAUGAUUAAUUAUCCCUAUUUAUACAUGAGACCGUUCCAGGGAGAAUGUUUAAUAUUUGUGCAAAACGGACGCUCAUCGAGCCAUCUUCUACCAGACAAUUCAGAUUUCGCGCGGAUCCGGCUACAUUCUAUCUACUGUGGCAGAACUCCCCGGCAGGACCUAACGCACUUCAUGAGGAUUGAACCAGACGCUUAAAGUCCUCAAAGUUCGUCCAAAAGGAGAUCUUUAAGAGUUGGGAUAAACGAUUGUUCGACUCCAAUGAGCAUCCCUAAUCAGUGUCCAAAACUCCUCCUACCGAAAGGCAAGGUCGAAAGGCGAGUGGCCAAGUCUGAUAGCUAUGUAUGCCCUAACGCACGACCAUCGCACUAAUCUUACACACGCAUUACGCAUCAUACGCAUGUAGUGUCAUGCUCAUCUAUGCAUGUACGUGUGAUAAUCUGGAGGAGAGACUAAAAAAAAAGCCACACAUAAUACGGGAUACGCACGAAUUUGUCAGUAGUUUUACAUCACAUCACACCAAGAGUAGAUUCUCGGUGCUUUAACGUGCGUUGUGCGUGUGCUGAGAUGAUGAAUCUGCAGACAACGCACAGUGGUCAGUCGCACACAUUCCAACCACCAUCCCAAUGUCACGGUCUAUAGGUAAAACAUGCGGCCCAGACUUGAGGCACACGUACACCACACCGCCGUUGGCACGCUGGAGGACGCCCAAACCAAAACUAACCCGUGCGCAGGGUAGCGUGGUAUAUAUGGCGUGGCAGAAGCGUUACCAGCAAUCAGUAACGUGUCGUGUGGCCAGUCAGUGACAGUGCCGCGUGUAAGCAGCUAAGAGCUCCGGGGCCAACGGUUUUACGUUUUGAAUUUGGUGCAGCUACAGCUACCGCACGAUGGGUUGCCACCGUACGAUCGGGCAACUGUUCGGACUGCUGUUUGCUCUGGUGACGGUUUUGGGCAGUCACGAGGAGCACGAGUACUGCGAUAAGGUGUACCGAAUAAAUGGAAACUCGAUCGACUUUCCCUGUGAUUCGACGAAGAACAUCUACAUCUCGACACAGCGCUACAAGGCGCGCAGCGUGAUGCCGCUCCGGUUUCAGUGCGAAAACCACCGGGUGAUCAUGGCGCUGCCCAGGUUGCGUGCCGGCGUGCCUACCACACUGGGACAGAUCGAUCUGAACAAGCCGAGCUGCUACGCGCAUAUUAAACCGUUCCCGUGCUGGGCUUACCAGGAGGAGGGCAACUGCAAUUCGCUCCAGUCAGUGAUCGAUCUUUAUGUCGAUGUUAAGCGCAUUUUGUGGGCACUCGAUUCCGGGAUUACCAACUUCCUGGAGCAACCGAUCAAGCGCUGCCCGCCGAAGGUUUACGCAUUCACCCUCAGCAACGACAAGACGGUUAAAACUAUCGAUCUGUCGGAAAUCGUGAAAUCCAGCUCGCGUCUCCAGUAUCUCGUCACGGACUACAACGAAUCGGGACAUCCGUUUGUCUACAUUUCUGACGGAGACGGUGCCAUCAUCGUGAUCGAUGUGAAUAGCAAUAAAAUCGUCCGCGUAGUACUUCCACGUGCCAUCUCGGCCGGAUGCGGUGACUCCGAUGUGCUCUACCUGCUGCUCAUCCCCAAGCCCAAGGGACAGAGCGUAGUCAUCUUUAGCUACCUCUGCGGGCAGAAGGUGUACUCGAUCAAGUCGGAACAUCUGCGCAGUGGCAAGGGAUCGAGUGCGAUCGUGGAGAUGGGAACGAAGCGGAAGCAUUCGGUGCUGCUCGGUACGGACGGCGGCAAGGGCGUUGUGCUGCGCUAUCGGAGCGAGUCCGAGCUUUACCUUUGGGACACCGAUCAACCGUACCGGGAGUGCAACUUUGAGCUGAUCCAGAACGCGGACGAAUGUCGGCUGGCGACGCACGUGAGCGUGGGCAAGAACGAACAUUUGCUGUGCCUCUCGUCCAACUUGAGCGAUUUCCUGAACAACACCUGUGGCGUUGGUGGAGCGUCGAGUCGGUUGAAGUACGUCUGCAAGGAGUGUGAUGACGAUUGCUACUAGAUGCAGUGAACGAUGGAGAGGUUAACUUAGUUGGACGAAAUGGACACUGACACCUGACACACACACACACAACCUGACCCGUGCCCAGCUGCUGCUGCUGGCUCGGUUGACUGGUGGAUUCUGUGAUAUGAGAGCGUACCCACUGACAACUCUUACCCUAGACACUGGACCGUAACUGACGCAAAAACCUCUACCUGAUCGCCGUACUGCCGUGUGCGCAUAUUACGUGGCCGCCGGACGGUGCGCCAUGCAAUAAUUUAUUCCCUUUGUAAAGGGGCCUAUCACAAACGCCCGAAGCCUAAUAAAGAUAUUUGAUACACAAGAAACCCACCCGUA